CGAGAUAUUUGCAACAUGAUGGGCUAUGUCGGGCUACCCACAUGUUCGGCGGGGGUGCUCGCCAGCGCCACAAACCGGCCGGGCGGCUCUCUGCUUCCACCGGCCACCUGUUCGCCGCGCCCUCCCCCGCGCCGCCCGCGGCACCCUCGCCCCGCGGCGCCCGAGGUGCGCGCGUCGGCUCGACUCCCUCCCCUCAUUCGUUCGCGACGCGUCGUCUCGCCGGCCGGCUUUCGAUACCCGGGCUCAUUCGCACCGCGUCCGUUCCCCGUAUCGCUCAACGCACCCCACAAGUUCACAAUGACGGAAAGCACGGACACCCCGGCGGCCGCGGCGCCCGAAAAGACCCCGACCGAGAAUGGAACGACUGAAACUCCUCCGGAGGAGACCCCGGAGAAGAAGGAAGCCGAGAAAAAGGAGGAGGAGACCCCGCCGCCCAAGGAGAUGCGCGCCGUCGUCCUCACGGGCUUCGGAGGCCUGAAGACCGUCAAGAUCCUGAAGAAGCCCGAGCCCACCGUCGGCGAGGGCGAGGUCCUCAUUCGCGUCAAAGCCUGUGGCCUCAACUUCCAGGAUCUGAUCGUGCGACAGGGCGCCAUCGACUCGCCGCCCAAGACCCCCUUCAUCCUCGGCUUCGAGUGCGCGGGAGAGAUAGAACAGGUCGGCGAAGGCGUCACCAACUUCAAGGUCGGCGACCAAGUGGUGGCCCUGCCGGAGUACAAAGCCUGGGCAGAGCUGGUAUCAGUGCCCGCGCAGUAUGUGUACGCGCUGCCCUCCGGCAUGACGCCGCUGGACGCCGUCGCCGUCACCACCAACUACGUGGUGGCGUAUCUGCUGCUCUUCGAGAUGGCUAAUCUUGCGCCCGGCAAGAGCCUACUCGUUCACUCCGCCGGCGGCGGUGUGGGGCAAGCAGUAGCCCAGCUGGCGAAGACUGUGGACAACGUGACGGUGUUCGGCGUGUGCUCGAAGACCAAGCACGAGGCCUUGAAGGCCAACAAUAACAACAUUGAUCAUCUACUCGAGCGCGGCAGCGACUACACCAGCGAAGUCAGGAAGAUCACCCCAGAUGGCGUGGACAUCGUCCUGGACUGCCUGUGCGGAGAAGAGUGCAACCGCGGAUACUCACUGCUCAAACCCAUGGGCCGGUACAUCCUCUACGGAUCGUCCAACAUCGUGACCGGCGAGACGAAGAGUUUCUUCAGUGCUGCGCGUGCUUGGUGGCAAGUGGACAAGGUGUCUCCGAUCAAGCUGUUCGACGAGAACAAGAGCCUGGCGGGCCUGAACCUGCGGCACCUGCUGUUCCAGCACGGACGCGCCGAGUACGUGCGCCGCGCCGUCGACGCCGUGUUCCAGCUGUGGCUUGACGGGAAGGUCAAGCCGCUGGUCGACUCCACCUGGGCGCUGGAGGAUGUCGGCGAAGCCAUGCAAAAGAUGCACGACCGCAAGAACAUCGGCAAGCUGGUGCUCGACCCGUCGCUGGAGCCGAAGCCCAAGCCCGCCACGCCCGCCAAGGAGAAGAAGUCCGGCAAGGACAAGAAGCCCGCCAAGGAGAGCUCCGAGGAGAAAAAAGAUAAGGAGAAGGAGGAGAAACCCGCCGAGAACGGAGAAAAGAACGGUGAGAAAGAGGAGGCACCGCUCACUAACGGUAACGGCAACAGCGACGAAGAGUCCAAGGACAAGGAGAAGGAGUCGAGCUGAAUUGUCUCCCCCAAGGACAGGACCAGAUAAACCACCGCCAAUUGAUUAUUUUAUAGUUGAAGCUGUUCGUUUGACGCCGCGCCGCCGCCGCCGCCGCCGCGAGCGCGCGCCGCGCCGCGCCGUCCGUCUAUACUAUGUUGCCUGAUGUUUAUUAUGUUUCGUCUAUAUGAAUAAGCUUGCAUACGAGAUUGGCCGAUGCCUCAGAAGGGAGCAUUAUAAUAACGUUCGCUGCGACCCCGCGGAGGAUCGACCCAUGUCGUACACGUUCUUACUUAGUGUUAA